AUGCCCCAGUUCUGGCAGGGCUUAGAGGUUGGCAAGCGCAUCGCCACCUGGCUCCAUCACCACGGCUCUGUCGAAAGCGGCACAACUUGGCUCCUCGUGGCUCAGAGGGCGGAGGGCGCUUCGCCCCUGUCCCUGCACCUCCAGGGCUUGCAGGCGCAUCACUCUCUUUCUCUUCUUGCUUGGCAGAGCCAGGCGACAGGUGUGGUGACCAAGUUCCACCAGCAUGCCCUGGCCUUGGCAUUUGCUGUAAAUGAAAUCAACGAGAAUCCCAGCAUCUUGUCCAAUAUCACUUUUGGGUUCCACAUCUAUGACAGCUACUACGAUGCAAGGAUGACCUAUCGGACUACUCUGGACCUGCUCUUCAAAUGGUAUGAAUUCAUUCCUAACUACAAAUGUGACAGACAGAAAAACCUCAUUGUUGUUAUUGGGGGACUGAAUGCUGACAUAACCUUCCGCAUGGCAGAAAUCCUGGAUCUGUACAAGAUUCCACAGGCACCCCUUUCUGUGUGCAAUGACUACUGCCCCCCUGGUUAUCACAAAAAGAAGAAGGAAGGGGAGAAAUUUUGUUGCUACAGCUGUGCUCCUUGUCCAGAAGGAAAGAUAUCAAACCAGAAAGACAUGGUUGACUGUAUCAGCUGCCCAGAAUUGCAGUAUCCAAGCAAAGGCCAAGACCAAUGCCUUGAAAAGAGGACAACCUUCCUGUCCUUUGAAGAACCCUUAGGGAUCUGUUUAACUUCAGUUUCUGCUUCUUUAUCCCUGAUCACAGUGUUAGUGCUGGGCAUUUUUAUUCAGCGCAGAGAUACCCCCAUAGUCCGAGCCAACAACCGGGAGAUCACCUACAUUCUUCUGGUCUCCCUUCUGAUCUGCUUCCUCAGUUCUUUGCUAUUCCUUGGACUUCCUAGGAAGAUGACCUGCUUUCUCCGGCAAUCAGUUUUCAGCAUCAUCUUCUCAGUAGCUGUUUCUUGCGUGUUGGCCAAAACAGUCACUGUGGUUGUCGCUUUCAUGGCCACCAAACUGGGGUCCAGCAUGAGGAAGUGGGUGGGGAAAAGCCUUGCCAUCUCUAUUGUCCUUUUCUGUUCUCUUAUUCAAGCAGGCAUUUGUGCAAUAUGGCUAGGAACCUCUCCCCCCUUCCCAGAUUUGGACACACAGUCACUGACAACAGAGAUUAUCGUAGAAUGCAAUGAAGGGUCUGCCAUCAUGUUUUACAUUGUUCUGGGCUACCUGGGACUUCUGUCCAUCAUCAGCUUGACUGUGGCUUUCCUAGCCAGGAAGCUGCCUGACACUUUUAAUGAAGCCAAGUUCAUCACCUUCAGCAUGCUGAUCUUUUGCAGUGUUUGGGUGUCUUUUGUUCCAGCCUACCUGAGCACUAAAGGGAAAUACAUGGUCGCCGUGGAGGCGUUCUCCAUCUUAGCCUCUAGUUCUGGCUUACUGGGUUGUAUUUUUUCCCCCAAAUGCUACAUUAUUGUGUGGAGGCCUGAGCUGAAUAGCAGAGAUAAGAUGAUCAGGAGAAACAAUUAA